ACAUUUCCAUGCUCUGUGAGUGUGGGAAAUGUUUUCUGUGUAAAUCAGAACUUGUUAGACAUCAGAGAAGUCACACAGGUGAGAAACCAUUUCCAUGCUCUCAGUGUGGGAAAAGUUUUCCAUUCAAAUCACGUCUUGUUACACAUCAGAGAAGUCACACAGGUGAGAAACCAUUUCCAUGCUCUGAGUGUGGGAACAGUUUUACACGCAAAUCACAUCUUGCUAGACAUCAGAGAAGUCACACAGGUGCGAAUACAUUUCCAUGCUCUGAGUGUGGGAAAUGUUUUCUGUGUGAAUCAGAACUUGUUAUACAUCAAAGAAGUCACACCGGUGAGAAACCAUUUCCAUGCUCUGAGUGUGGGAAAAGUUUUGCAGGCAAAUCAUAUCUAGUUAAACAUCAGAAAUCACAGGAGUAAAGCAUUACUAUGAUCUGAUACACAACAGGAUUGUAGCAACACUUUAUUGCGUUGGACAGGGCUGUACUGCCCAUCUAUCACCUCUGGCAUAUUCCAGAAGUGCCAGUGGAUUGGUGGUUUCAUCCAGUUCCACAGAGAGAUGGGAAGGCCGUGUGCAGCGCAGCCUCUAGCUUUCUGGUUUAGCUGCCCCUACUUUCCAAAGUGUCUGUCUCCAUGGAAAUGGGGGCGUGCAGUAAGUCCACGCCCCCCUUACAGCACGUCCUCGUGUGUCAUGUCCUUGCGUCCCCCCCCAUGAUGUGUGCUUGCAAGUUUACAAAUGCCCAAUCCAAAUAGCCCCAGUUUGUCCCUGCCAGUAGAUAUCGGCACCACUCUCCACAUCAAUACCAGACCAUCGUGUUAUAUAAGCGUCUAUGGGCCUAAUUCAUGGUCGAUUGCAAAACGAAAAUCUUCUGCUAAUGGGAAAAUCCAUGUGCACUGCAGGUGGGGCAGAUGUAACAUGUGCAGAGAGAGUUAGAUUUGAGUGAGGUGUGUUCAAACGGAAAUUUAAAUUGCAGUGUAAAAAUAAAGCAGCCAGUAUUUACCCUGCACAGAAACAAUAUAACCCACCCUAAUCUAACUCUAUCUGCACAUUUCUCAUACAUCCCAGGGGAUGCUGGGAUCACAUCAAGAACCAUGGGGUAUAGACGGGGUCCGA